AUAAAGGCAGUAAUACGGCGCUGGAAUACGAUGGCAUUCAAGUUAUAGCUCUCUAGCGUCAGUUUAUUCUGCUGUUUAGAUACCGGUGUGUCGCACUGCAAAAAUGGCGUCUCCCUGUGAUACGUUAGAUAUUGUCCCACGAGUCAGCUGGGGAGCUCGCAACGCCAAGCCGGGUCUGGACAAGGCCGUGCUGCCUCUGGAUAUGAUGGUCUAUACGCACACGCACGGACCAUCCUGCAGCGACCGGCAUGCCUGCGCGGCGAUCGUCAGGGAAGUCCAGGCCUUUCAUAUGGACCGCAAAGCCAGCCCCUUCUCAGAUAUCGGAUACAGUUUCCUUAUUGGGAGUGAUGGUUCGAUAUUUGAAGGACGAGGAUGGGCAAUCCGACCUGCCUAUGAUUUACGCUAUAACGGGAAAGGUUUUGGAACGGCAUUUAUUGGAAGAUACGCCUCCAAAGACAACGCUUCCACGCCCUUCACCCAUCACGCUGCCAUUAGCGCCCAUGACCUUUAA